UGUCUUGCAGCCUAAGCUCUGAUAGCUGCCUACUCCAAGAGAAUGGCGGCAAGAGUCCAGACCAUUCUGAGGAGCCCGUGUCCUACGACUCAGACCUGGGGACAGCAAAUGCUGAGGAUUCAGACCCGUCUCUGCAAGAGUGAGUGCUCCUCCCCCACUCUUCCCCCACUCUCUUCCUGCCUGCCUCCUUCUCUUCCUCUUCCGAGUCUCCCUUCCUAUAGCAUGUGAUUGCCUGUCAUUGAGCACUGACCUCUCUAAGGGCAUAAAGAGAGACAAAGGGGACGUCGGCUGUCUUCCUCAGGGACUGGAGGCCACAUGGGGCUGUGAGGAGGAUGGAUUUAGGUAGGGCUCAGAGCUGGGCCAGGCUCCAUCCAGUGCUGCCCCUGGGUGAACUUCCGCAAGUUACCUCAUUUCUCUGAGGCACAUUGUAAAAUAUUAUUGCCUCUAGAGGGAAGGAAACUAACAGUUCAGGGUGAUAUUUACAAUUCCAAACAAUGCAAUGAAGCAGAACGGAUAAGGGUGCUCCUCUGUGACCUCCCAGAAGGCCUCGGAAGGACACAGACCCUGAACAGUGACUGGAGGAUAUGGCAGACAAAAGGGGCCAACAGGUGGGUGGAGGAAGAGUCCAUGGAACAAAGAACUUGACUGGAGGAGGGAGCCUGGACAGAGCCUUCUCUUUAAAAAAAUUUUUUUAAUUUGAAUAUAGUUGAGACACAAUGUUCUACUAGGCUCAGGUGUACAACAUAGCGAUUCACCAUGUCUGGGUUAUGCCAUGCUCACCACAAGCAGAGCCUUCUUUAUCCAGGCUUUUUAACAGUAAUUUUUGAAUAGAUGAUCUCUUUUUAUGGUUAGAGAAAGGCUAAAAUGCAUACGGUGAAAAGCCUUUCACACCUCUGUCACCACAGUUAUUAAUUCCUUAGAUUUUCUUCUGACGUUUCUAAAUGCAUCUAACAAAUAUGAAUAUACAGAUUUUUUAAAUGUUUUUUUUUCUUGUCCCUGCCCCCUUUCCCACAAAAGCUAUUUUAAAUACACUGUUUGACAUCUUGUUUUGGAAGAGAUCAUAUCAGAGUUUUUGUUUUGGAGUGUCCUAUCAGAGCUUCUUUAUUAUUUUUUUUUAAUUGCCUGUUUUUCCAUCGCUGGUUAGUUUAUUUAACCAGCCCUGUAUUUAAUGGGCAUUGGAGUUCACAUUUUUAGAAAUAACUUUGUGUAUGUGGUCUUUUAAGUCUAUGCAAGUAACUCUGUUCAGUCAAUUCCCAGAAACAGAAUUGCUGAGCCAAAGGAUACAUUAAUGUGUGGUUUUCACAGAUACUGCCUGGUUACCCUCUGUCAGGGAUGGGCCUUUGUCCUCUCAGCCUUGUCAGCAGAACGUAUUAUCAAACUUUUGGAUAUUUUCUCCUCUAAUAGGUAGAAAAUGGUAAAUUUUAUUAAGUACUUCCUUCAGCCAUGCUCCCGCAGCCUGUGUUUAGGAUCUUCUUAUCUACUCCUGGGUGCUCCCCACCCUCUUGGUUCAGGCCUUUACAGGGUUCCCAGCUGGUGUAGGAAUAACACCGGAUUGGGUGCUGGUGUGGACUGGCUUGCAGUGGAUCUAGUUUCAAGUCCUGUUCUACCACUUACAAGUUCAGUAACGGCUGCCAAACUGCUGACUCUUUGAAGUUGUUUCUUCAUCUUUAAAAUGGGGACUCCCGCGGGACGCCUGGGUGGCUCAGUCGUUAAGCUUCUGCCUUCGGCUCAGGUAAUGAUCCCAGGGUCCUGGGAUCAAGUCCCUCACUGGGCUCCUUGCUCAGCGGGGAGCCUGCUUCUCCCUCUGCCUGCAGCUCCCCCUGCUUGUGCUCUUGCUCGCUCGCUCUCUCUCUCUCUCUGACAAAUAAAUAAAUCUUAAAAUGGAGACUCCCUCAUAUGGCUGUCUGCGAAUCAGAUCAGAUGCCUGGGAGUGAGCUGCACACAUAACAGCGUCUGGUAGACCCCUGAAGUGGCUUCUGAGCACUGAGCACAUUAGCUAGAACUUUCAAAUGUCAAACGGAAGAAUUUAGAUAGAACAUGCUGGAAAGGAGCAAUCCCCACCUAUCCACUGGGCGGGUGGCGUGACUUGGGUUCGUUCACCUAUCUGAGCCCUUCGUUCGCUCCCUCCUCCCACAGGCCAGCCAUGUGUCUUUGUCAUGUGUCUUGCUUUUAUAUUUCAUGAGUCUUGUGAUUGGAAAAUGUCCAGCUUCAGGUCAUUGAAUCAGUGACCGUCCACCCUGUGUGGGAAGUGUUGUCCUGGGCGUUAUGGGAGAACUCGAGGGAAGAGGGUCAGGACGUACAGACCAGCACUGGGCAGUGGUGUGAGGACCAGCACCCACUGGGAGCACACAGAUGCACAAAGACACCCCAGCACCAGCUCUUCUUAGGGGGUAUGUCUUAAGAGUAAAGAUUCUCAUCAAUGUUUAAGAGUUCCCUUAUUUUUAUUGUAUUACUUAAAUAUUUGUAACUUAAAAUUAGGCAUAAAUAACAUGGGUUUAUAACUCCUACAACUGUAAAAUCAAAACAUUGAGAGAUUAAACAGAAAGUACAAAAGACAUAACAUUCCAAGUGAAAUGUAUUAAUUUAAUCUUUUCCAGAAACCAAAUUGCAGUUUGCUUUGUGAACAGAGGUUUGAUGCCCUGAAUAGCUUCUUUUGUGUUGGUUGGGUCUGAAUUACAGUGAUCACUGAGAAGCACGACUACAGUCUAGUGGUUAGGAAUGUGGAGUCAGGAGCCAGACCGCUGGAGUCUUCCAUUAACCAGCUUCGCGACCUUGGGCAAGUUAUUCAACCUUUCUGACCUUGAUGUCCUCAUCUGCAAAAUGGGGUUAAGAAUGCUAGGAAGAAUUAAUGAGUUGAGGCAUGUGAAGUGCUUAGAGCAGUGCUAGACACAGGGUGAGUGCUCGGUAGGUGGUGUCAUUGUCAUUUUACUACUGGUGUCCCUGUGAUGUCAGUUCUCCCACGACUUGUCUCGAUACACACAGCUGCAAAACCGUGGUUAGUGAUAUUUGUCAAAUGUCAUUGUCAUAAGGCCUUCUCUUGGAGGAAGUGAUUCUUCACAUAUGCAGCCCUCCUCCGUGCUUUUAAUAGUGUCCCCUGACUGCCAGACGGUGCCAUGGACCACCACAUGCCAGUCCACAUGCUCAGGAGAAGCGCAGGCUCAGAAUCUCUUGGCAGGGUACUUUAUGAGGUGGUCGUCCAGAUCCUCCGGCCCAUGCUAUUUGUUUAUGACCUGUACCUCUACGUACACAUAUAUAUGUAUGUAUAUAAUACAUCUUUUUUUUUCCGGUGUCUUCUAAAUGAAAGCACAAAGAUCUAGAAUUUUUGAAUAGACAGUUUUUGAAAAACAGUGCCCUGAGCUGGACAGAACAAAAGUGGACAGACUGGAAUGGUUUCAGUCCAAUGUUGCAUUUUCUUCAAAGGUUUUGAAAGUUUUCUUUUCCCUUUCCUUGAAAAUCUCAUCUCUUAAAAAAAAAAAAAAAUCUCUAGCACUUUUCUGCACUUGAUGUAUAUGUCUUUCUUACCCUCUUUGGGUCCUGAUGGCCAGCACUGAUUCUGGUGAGGCUCUGUGAACUGUAUUUCACCUUUACCUUGGCGUUGAUUUGGCAGAAGCUCUGUUUUAUCACACAUGCUUCUUGCUGUUGGGUGGCAUUUCUUUAUUCCAACACCCAGUCUACUCUGUCAUUAAAAUUUGUCUUACAGAUUAGGAUUCAUUGAUAAUUGAUAACUGUUUUGGUAAUGCUAGUGAAUAUAAUUCUCCUUUCCUUACAUUUUUAUAUUCGGGUCCAUGGAGGCUAAGCAGUCUUACCAGUGAUGGUAAGAACAGGCACGGUAACAAAUGGAGGUUAAAGUUUAUUGAGUACUUGUUUUGUGCUAGACACACUAGCAAGCAUUUUACCUAUGUUAUCUCACAUAGCCUUUAACACAGUCCUAACAGGUGGGUGCUGUUACCAUGCAUGUUUUACAGGGAAGGGAAUGAAGUCUGUGAACUUUAGGAACAUAUUGUGGGGCCCGGCAGUGGGGUUUUUGCCCUGGAAGGUGGCUGUUAGGAUCACCCUGGGACAGCGGUGAGUUCAGCUGUGGACCCCUGUGGAGAUGUGGCUCCUGCCUGGGUCCCUCUGGAGGAACCGUAGUGGAAGCUGACAGGGCUGGGGGCAGGGCAGGUGGCAAGUGAAGUUUCUAGCCCCAUCCUGACAAUGAGUGCCUCCUUAAAUUCUGUGCCCUUGCUACCUGGCUUACCUUAUCCUGGACCUGAACCUGAAGCCCCAUUCAUCUGCAAUGGAAAGCCUGCCUUGAUCGCUCUCAGACGCCAUUCUGAGACUCUGUGGACCCAAAGGAACCCAGAGGAGCCCAUAUGGCCAGGCUCUGCGUUCCGGAGAACUGAGAACCCAAUUUAUGCAUCAGCAUGUGCCAGUCCUGGGGGGCCUGUCCGGGUGGGACAACUUGAGGGGAGAAGUACUAUUCAAGUCAGCUCCCUGCCCUCAAGAGCCAGCAACCUCAGAGGGAGGCCAAGGGCAAAUACUCCAGACCAGGGCUGCCCACAUAGAAACAUAGCAGAAGCGACGAAUGUGAGCCACAUAUUCCGUUUUAAGUCUCUAGAAGUCAUAGUAACAAAGGAAGAAGAAACAGGUGAAAUUCAUUUUAAGAACAUUAUCGUUUCACUGUGAAUCAGUGUUAAAAGGUACUUAUAUAUUUUAUGUAUUUUUGUACUAAGUUGGUGAAAGCCGGUGCAUAUCUUAUACUUACAGGACACAUUGAUUUGCAUUAACUGCACUUCAGGUGCUCUGUGGCCACGUGUGGCUAGCAGCUUGUGACAGCGCAUGGAGCUUGGACUGUGGGGGCAGCACUUUCAUUUCUUUUUUUUUUUUAGAUUUUAUUUAUUUAUUUGAGAGAGAGAGAGACAGAGAGCACGAGUAGGGAGGAGAGGGAGAAGCAGACUCCCCACUGAGCAGGGAGCCCAAUGUGGGGCUCAAUCCCAGGACCCUGGGAUCAUGACCUGAGUCGAAGCCUAACCAACUGAGCCACCCAGGCGUCCCGACAGCACCUUCAUUUCAAGGGGAGAAAACAACCAGAUAGGAUGUACCAAGGUAUGGCAGGUUAGAGGCCUUAGAGAGGGGCCUAGAGACUCCUUCUUAGAGACUUUUCAGUCUGGAUCAGCCUGCUUCACUUCUUGGCAUGUUGAAGACAAGGCUUCAGGGAUGGUUCCUGAGCUCUGGUUCCCAGACCUGCACUUCUAGAAGCCCUGACUACAGGGCCUUGUCAUGUGUGUGUCACCCAGAGGUAGGGAGGUAAGCCCUGGACUGGAAUCAAAACAUGCAGAUUCCAACCCCAGCUAGGCUUUGAACUCUGGGUGAUAUGCGUAGGUCACAUCCCCUCUUAAGGACUCAGCUCCUCUGAUGGUAAAUGAGCAGGUUGAUUGGUUAUCAGUUCACUGGUUAUCAAGGGCAUGGGAGGAAAUUUCUGCAUGCCUCCUGCUUCCCACUCCACACCUAAAACCCAGAAGACUCAGUGAAGGGCAGAGAUGAAAGGGGAUGGCACAGGGGUUCCUACAUGCUUGGGGCAAGCCCAUGGGGCUGUAGAAUAGAGGACUUCUAGAUUGGCACCCUUUGCCAGGUCCCACUAAGUUGUCACCUGCUAAACACCAACCCCCAACACACACACACUGGCCUGCUACAGCUCUAGUCAAUUCAUGGAUGUAUGUUGAGCCCUCAUGUGAGCCAGAUCCUCAAAGUACUGCUGCUCAAGGGGCACAUGUUGGGGUAAGGCACUGUCUCCUGACAUGCAGAUGGAGUGAUUGCUGAGGACAUUCCCUUAAGCCCACUGCCUCUCUAGCCUAGAUUAGUUGAGCAGAUUGAUUGGAAGACACUAGCAGGUCUUUGUCCUCAAGAAGCUUAUGAUCUAACCUGGAGACAUAUUAUCCAUGGAAAGCCAACACUCCCAGGAGGUGAAUGCUAAGGCACAGAGAAAGAUGAAGACAAGAGGGUAGAGAGGCUGCUACAGGAUGGGCGGUCAGGAAGUCGGCUGGAGGAGGGGUUGGGAUCUGAGCCAGUUUGGAAAAGGGAUAGAUCACUUUAAGGAGCCACAGGCCCACAGGUAUCAGAGGAUGAGAACACACAGUGUGUUUGGACACCCCAAGUGGGAUCUGUGACUCAAGCCCAUGGUCAGGCAAGGAAGCAGAGGCUCUGGGUUUGGGAGCUGGAGAUGGGCCAGACCAGGAAAGGUGAGUUCCAGGCCAAGGAAAUAGUAGCAGGGAGACACCGAUGGUCCCCGAGCAGAAGACGUGCAUAAGGUAGUAUUUUAGGCAGGUGGAUCUGAAAGCGAUAUGCCUGGAGAGGCAGGUGGGCGGUGGAGAGAAAACUGGAGGCAAGAAAUUUACUCAGGAGGUCUCGCAACAGUCACUGUGAAAAUAAUGAACCCUCGAAUCUCAUGCAAAACCCUUCGUUUCCCUUCUCAUUAAUCCUCCUUCAACUCGGUAAAGUACACAGAGUGGGUAUUAUUGUCGCCGUCUAACAGAGAAGGAAGCGGAAGCUCAGAGGAAUGAAUUGAUUUGUCCAAAGAAUCAAGUUCAAAGGAAAAUCAAACUCAGGCUCUCUGUAUCCAAUACUGAAGUCUUCCUACUAUCCUGUGCCUCCAUGGUCCAGGAAAAUGCGAACCCAAAAGGAGGAGAUCGAGAGGACCAAGGAAGGCUCUUGGGAUGGGUAAAGUAUGUUCAGAGGAAAGCGGAACUCAGUUGAGCCACGCAUCCCUCAGAAGUUGCCACACUUACCUAUCGACCAGGUACACCUACUCCAGCUGAAGUUGCCAUGCCCUGGCUGCUGGCUAGUGAGGACUGAGCGCAGGCCACCCACUGGGUCACUUUGGGCACUUAAACUCCCUGAGGCUUGGUUUUCUCAUCUGUAAUUUAAUGUACCUGCCCACAAGGGGCUUGUAAGGAAUGAAUGAGAUCAUUAGAGUCCAGAGGGCAAUCUCUCAGUUCCUCAAGUCUGAAUUAAGCCAAUCUAUUGCUCCAUGUGCUGACACACAGACCUCCUUGUCCCCCGCGAUGAACCAGGCGACCACCACCCUCCCCCCUACAACAACUCCCAACCUCAUGCUGCCUCUGCCUUCCUCAGACCUCCUCUCCUCCCUAGGACACCCGCAGCACAUACAGCCUGCUCCAUGUGACCCCAAAGAGCCGAGGACCAGAAGGCGUUUCUCUAGUCUGGCAGAGGGCCUCCUAAAAACUGUGCUGAUCCCCACAAAUGCCUAAUGACCCUGGGAAUCACUUAGCAAGAGGAAAAGCCAGACCUUUGCCCUGGCUCUGUUCACAGGUGAUGGGGUUAAUCGGGAAUUCUCUUUUCCUUGCUCAGGGCUGUCGGUGGGGGUCUAGCUCCCCGAUGACCUGGGGACACAUUAGCAAUGAUAAGUGGGGCUUUCCAGCCCCUUUUAUCCUGUUUACAAUACAUUGGCUCUCCUUGGACAAAACCCUGCUUCCCCCACCUUGCUCCUGGCUGUUAUGUGCUACAUGAGACAAUUUGCUGAUGGACUGUCCAUGGAGGGCAGCUUCCUUGGACCCCCCUCCCCACCUCCCACAGCACCCGGGGCAACAUCCCCUCCACCUGGUGGGUCCUGGAAGGAGCCACAGAUGCUUGUUUUUCUUAGCUCAUUGCAGCCUCUGAAUUCAGAAAUGCCAUCCCCUCUGUCUGCUCAGCUUUAAUCGAAGGGGUUGGGGAGCAAACCCAGAGGCGGUGAGAUUAUGUUUCUCUGGCUUUGGAGAAUGACUAGGGUUUUGUUGCUGUCCAAAGCAGAAGCCAUCAGAGGUGUCUUAACUUCUCUAUGGCAAGGCCCUCUUUGGGUUGAACGGCAGGAUGAACCAACAGCCCCUCGGGGGGCAGUGUGUGGUUGCAGCCUGGACCUAGCUCCCCUACCCACCGUCAGCUUGGGCAAGCAAGCUCAUUUCUGUGAGGCUCAGGAUGUGUGUCUAGAAAACCGGGGUGGCGAUGCUGGUCCUGUCCCCUAACCAGGUACUUACAAGCACAGAAUGAGAACCUGUUGAGAAAGUACUUGAGAAGGAGGCAUUUUGUUUAACACUCUGCACUGGUUGCAAGUGAUGAGGCUUUCAGCAAGAAUGGCCCCUCUGGGGGCGCCUGGGUGGCUCAGUCGUUAAGCGUCUGCCUUCAGCUCAGGUCAUGAUCUCAGGGUCCUGGGAUUGAGUCCCGCGUCAGAUUCCUUGCUCAGCGGGGAGUCUACUUCUCCCUCUCCCUCUACUGUUUCCCCCACUUGUUUCUCUAGCCCUCUCUCCGUGUGUGAAAUAAAUAAAUAAAAUCUUUUUUUUUUUUAAAUAAAUAAAAUCUUUAAAAAAAGAUGGCUCCUGUGAUGCAGGCCGUUUCUAAUUGCCCAAAAGUCGACCCUCAAAUAAUUCUGGGCUUCCGAAAUGGCAGGCAGGUAGAAUACUGAGGAGAACAAGUUGAUUAAAACAGAGUCCAUUGCAAGGCAACAGAUAUUCAGCAAGCACAUAACUAAUACCAGUCACUGAGCUGGAUGCUGGGAAGGCGCAGCGGAGAAAGCCCCAUCUCCCGCCCUCAGGCUGGUGGACACAGAACUGGGACACCUGUGACAAGUGCGAAGUAGGAGCACCAGGUGCCAGAGCGGCACGGGGGAGGGGUUUCCCUCCAGCCUGGGUGUCAGGGGUGCUCCCCAAGGGAGGUGAAACCAGAGCUGAGACCUGAAUGAGUGGGAGUUAAUCGGGCCUGAGGCAGAGGGAAGGAUGUCUGAAGCACAGGGAAUAGUGCAUGCAAAGGCAAGAGGACACCAAAGCCGUUGUGAGAACAGCUGCAAUCAUGUUAGUGAGGAUGGAGGGAAUGGCCAGGGAUGUGGUCAGUAAAGAAGGCUCUGCCUGCCAAGAUAAGAAUUUUUUACCGGGUUCUGUAGGCACCAGGGAGCUAUCAAAAAUCCCAGUGUAACUAUGACAGCAAAUCUCUGUGUUAGAAGGAUCGCUUGGGCAUCAUUCAAGAAGAUGAUUGAAAAGGGGAGGGAGUGGUUGAGGAAUGAUGGGACCUCUCGACGGGCUCUCAUAGUCCGGUAGGGGAAUUGAGCUGGUAUGCUGGUGUGUGGCACAGAUGGGAUGGACAGUAGGGGCAAGGGGGCUCAGAAGGAAACAGGACUAGGAGAUGCGCCGGGAGCGGGGGGCAGAGACCAGGGUGGGGAGUAUAGGGAGCACUGACAGUUUAGGAGAAGGAACCGAACGAGGCAGCCAGAGACACACAACAGAUUAAUUUGGUUUCAGAGACAAGAAUUAAGUUCCAUCAAAUUGGACAGGUCAAAAAUACUCUUCAGAGGUUUCAAGUUUAGCACACCACAAAGGGAACACACAGGUUGAUCCCGAGUUGGUGUGCCAAAUCCUGGAACCAUAGAACGGUGUGGCACCUCUUGAAGCUUAAAUAAAAGGAGAGAGCAUGAAGGCAUCGUAUUGAUUUUCCUGAAAUGUUGCUUGACUCCAUUAGCCAAGGCUCAAAGCCCUGCAGACGUUCCCCAUGCAUCUGUCCUGUCAGCAUCCCAGCGUCAUCUUUCUCUACUGCAGCGACCCUCUGCUCUGGCCCAGAGGAACCACACAGACUGCCCGGGACUCCCUCCACCUUGCCAAGUUUACCUCCCGGCUUGCCAGGAAUGCCCUGCGCCUGCCUCUCCAUACGUCUUAAUCUUUCCUGUUACUUCAAGGUCCAGCUGAAAUCUCAUCCCUUCUGGAAAGCCUUCUUUCAUCAUCCACAUUCAAAGGCAGGUCCACGAGAUCCAGUCUCACAUGGGACGCCUGGAGACGGCAGACAAGCAGUCUCUGCACUGCGUGUUGACCAGUUGAAGUAUGACGUCCAGCACCUGCAGACCGCUCUCCGAAACUUCCAGCAUCGGCGGUACACAAGGGAACAGCAGGAGAGACAGCGAGAGGAGCUUCUGUCUCGCACGUUCACCACUAACGACUCUGAUACCACCAUCCCAAUGGAUGACUCGCUGCAGUUCAACUCCUCCCUCCAGAAAAUUCACCACAACAGGGAUGACCUCAUUGGAGGAGUGCACAGUAUUCUGGAGGGACUGAGGGCCCAGAGACUGACCUUGAAGGGGACUCAGAAGAAGAUCCUCGACAUUGCCAACAUGCUGGGCUUGUCCAACACCAUGAUGCGGCUCGUUGAGAAGCGGGCUUUCCAGGACAAGUACUUUGUGAUCGGUGGGAUGCUGCUUACCUGUGUGGUCAUGUUCCUCGUGGUGCAGUACCUGACGUGA